AACACCUUACUCUGCAACACUCAAGCUGUUUGUCAACUCCUUUCCCUGACAUGGACCAGUUCUGCCAGGAGUUACUUUAAAGGGCAAAACAAGGACGUGAAGCAGAGAAGAGAGACAGAGGAGGGCGAGAAAAGCAGGAAACCUUGGUUGAGGUGAAGAGAAAAAGCAGCUGUGUGGGAGAGCAGAGUGUCGAAGAGAGAGCAACCAUAAGGCAGGGGAGUGGAGGAGUGAGGCGCCCCGUUCCUUUGAGCCAAGUCAGGGGGGGAAAAGAAGAAGAAGAAGAAGAAGAAGAAGAAGAAGAAGAAGAAGAAGAAGAAGAAGAAGAAGAAGAAGAAGAAGAGAGGAGUGAUAACGAGUCAGGGAAGGAGGGAGAAGAGUUGGCCGGACAAUGGGGCUUUGUGCCGUUCUCCUCAUCUGUCUCUCCCAGGCUGAGCUGGGGAGAGUCUGGGCUCAGCAGCAUGAAGAUACACUGAGUGGGAUUCCUCUGCAGACGGAUGUGGAUCUGUCAGGAACCAGGAGGGACCAGCAGACCCCACACAAACACAGAGAAGCCCGCAACACCAGAGGAGGAUUUGAUGUCAGUACCCUGCCUGACAACAUGACCCGCAUCGUGAAGGACUCCCAUCGGUACUACAAAUGGCAGCGUUUUGGUCCAUCAGACAGACGGACUGAGGACUUGUGGGUAGAUCUGAACAACCUGCACAAGAGCCAAGUCCAGAUCCACGGCAUACUGUCCAAUGCACACCGACAGGCAGCGAGGGUGGCGCUUUCUUUUGAUUUCCCUUUUUAUGGACACCACCUGAGACAGAUUAUCAUAGCGACUGGUGGGUUCAUCUUCAUGGGGGAGGUUACUCAUCGAAUGCUGACUGCCACACAGUACGUCGCCCCCCUCAUGGCCAACUUUGACCCCAGCUUCACCAAGAACUCAACAGUGAGGUACUCGGACAACGGGAAUCUCUUUGUGGUGCAGUGGGACAAAGUGCAGCUGAAGGACCGAGAGGCCGAAGGAGCUUUUACUUUCCAAGCAGUCCUCGACAAAAAUGGAACCAUUGUUUUCAACUACAGAGAAAUCCCCAUAUCAGUGGAGACAAUGAAUUCCACAGAGCAUCCAGUGAAAGUUGGACUGUCUGAUGCUUUUUUGGCCCGACUCCCAUCACAGCCCGCAGAUGCAAAUCAGCUCACCAUCUAUGAGUAUCAUCGCGUUGAGAUUAACCUCACAAAGAUCGUUAGCAGAUCUUCUUUUGAGUUCACGCCUCUGCCCAUUUGUCUUCAACACACAUCCUGUGAACUCUGCCUGACAUCCAACCUGACUACUGGCUGUGGCUGGUGCAACACACUUCAACGAUGUUCUGACGGUAUCGACCGGCACAGACAAGAGUGGUUGGAUUAUAACUGCCCUGAAGAGGCAAAAGGCACAUGUGAGGACUACAACCCUGUACUACCUGAGGGAUCUAUGAGCUCCUACAACCAGUCUUCUCCAGGUCCAACACCGUCUUCAGCAGUGAUCGAAGAACAGCCCGUCACUAAAGAUAUAGAGACGAGUCCACCAGACCAUAAGGGGAUAACAGAGAACACGGCCAUCAUAGCAGGUGUAGUGGCUGCACUGGUUCUGCUCGUAGUGCUGACCUUACUGGCCGUCUACUACAUCAACACACACCCCACAGUCGCUCCGCCGUUCUACCUCAUGCAGCGUCGCACCAACAACUACUGGCCCUCCAUGAAGUUCCGCAACCAGGGCUGUCAGUCCAGUUACGCCGAGGUCGAGCUUGGGGGUCAUGAAAAGGAAGGUUUCAUCGAAGCUGAGCAGUGAUGCUAAGAUUCCUGGACCAGCAGGACUCAGAUAGAAGAACAGAAGGACACCAUCUUGAGGACUGCACAGGCAUUACAAGUGGAGGAAUGUAGACCAACAGGCCGACACAGGGUGUCCCUACUCCAACCUUGGCGGCUGGACAGUGUUUACUGUAACUGCUCUUGUAGCUCUUCCCAGCUUUCUCUGUGUCUAUUGCUCUCUGCCAUCACACAGGGGAUUUGCCGUUUUAUUACAAGGGUUGGAGGGUCUGAGAGGAAGCCUGCUACAAAAAUGAUGAGAUGCAAAUGUGUAACUGUACAAAAAGCGCAAGCAAGGAUGUCAGGGAAUGACUCGAACUAGCCUUCAUACUGCAAACCAACAUACGGCUCAACGUAACAAUGUGUUUCUAUUCAGUUUAUGGAGUUGUUUUUGUUUCAUGAAACUUCCACGCGACCAACGACUGGUUCAUAAAACGUUAAAUUUGUGUGGACUUCACUAUAACAGAUAUUUAGCUAUGUAACUGAUAGUGAUUAUAAUGAUCAUGUUGAACUUCUCUGGAGAAAUGUUAUGAGAGUUUUCUUUUAACCCUUUCUGUUUAAAUGUCUUCUAAUAAAAGCUGUUGGUGAGUGUUGAUUAUAA